CGGCGCGAAUCAGACGGGGAACGGAGAGUUUCUGGUUGAAGUGGCAGAGAGUUGUAACCCAAACCAAGGUUCUGAGCACCUGUGUAACAUUUCUAGGCCAGUACUCAGCUCUAUUUAUAACACGGUCACACAGAAAUACAGACGCUUGGUUCUGCAGGCAGAUGACGAGGAAGGAGCAACUCUCAGCGAGGUAACUUCUAUACACUUGAACUCUACUGGCUUCCUGUCAAUGUGUGUUUGCAUUCAUUUAUUUAGAGUGAUCACACUGUGACUUUGCUCCUAAUAUGUGAGACUUUGAAUCAUGGUUUCUCUUCGUUGGCAGAACGAGGGCUGCUGCAAGAGGAUUCAAAGAAUGAGCCAGCGUUCGCGGGCCUCCAGGCUGCGGCUGCACGCCCACUGCGACUCGUGCUACAGCCGGCGCUGCAGGGCUCGGGUGGAGGCGUCGGUGAGCUGCCCGUUCGGGCCGUGCCGCCUGCGCUGCGGCGCCCUCUUCCACCUGUGCAAAGAGGAGGAGCACCUGCUGCUGUGUCCCAGCGUGAGGGUGCCCUGCCUCAACGCCGCCUACGGCUGCCCGCUGCAGCUGCCCCGCUCCUCGCGGGCCGCCCACCUGCAGGCGUGUCCGGCCAGCGUGGUGUGCUGCUCCAUGGAGUGGAACCGCUGGCCGGCCCACGACGCCCAUUCCCACCUCAACACGGAGCUGCACCAGAAUCUGCUCAGUGGACGAGAGCAGGGCGGCUGGCUGGACCUGGCCUUGGCCCUGAGGGACCAGGAUCAGCUGUUUCACUCCAUCAAGAUGAGGAAACUGUUCCCUGAGCUCAUCCAGAGCGUGGAGGAGGAGGAAAAAGAGGAGGAGAGGAGGGAAGAGGAGAGAAGGAGGGAGAAGGAGAGGCAGAAGAAAGCUGCUUUGGAGGAAGAGGCAGCUGCGAAAGAAGCCCACGCUCACACCUGGGUGUCUUUUAACGCAUUCAAAAUCUACGGCGAAAAUAAAGAGGAGAGUGACGACGAGGACGAGCUGGAGGCUCGACGUGAGCCGACGCUGACGCAGGAGCAGAGAGAGGCUCUGGCGAGCGCCUCCGGAGUGGAUGCAGACCUGCUAGUGAACUACAACGCCUGGGAGCGCAUGUUCAGCAUGGAGAUGGGCGGCUGCAGGGAAGCAGGGGGGGCGGGGGUGGCGGCAACGGGCCGGGGGCGGAGCCUGGGCACCGUGACGGAGGAGGAGCCAACGGAAGCCUGCGCCGGUGCCAGCGCCGGAACCUCCUCAUCCUCAGCCCGACCCGCUCACAAGCCCAGGAGGAGCUUUGUGUACGGGCACCUGGAGCCCAUGAAGAUCAUCACCGUGCGCACCUUUAAGAUCCCCACCAGCUUCUGCGCCAGGCAGAGCCGCAUCCGCAACCCGGGCUUCUACAGGAGAGUGAGUCGGGCUGUGGACACGGGCGACCUGGAGGUGGCACCGGACGAGAUGCCGGUGUGGGAGGAAGUCCAGGCCUCGCUGCUGUGCUCCCUGGAAAAGGAGCAGAGGGGUCACCUCAUAGCGGAGAGCGUGUGCACAGACGGCCUGCUGCAGGACGAGGGGACGCAGACCUACAGCUUCCUGUCGGCCCCCUUUCGCAGGAGCACGUCGCUGGCCGACCUGACCGCCGCGAGGCCGCUGGAGCUGCACCUGCAGCUGCAGGUGGAGGCCGUGACCAGCCGCCACAACAAGGCCAGCUCCGCCUUCACCUUCCUGUGCGGACACACCUUCCGGCGCAGGGAGUACGGCCACCAUUACAGGAACGCGCACAGUGACAUCCAGAUGGGUGCCAACGGGUGGUUCCAGCAGCGCUGUCCCCUGGCAUUCCUGGGCUGCACCUACAGCCACCCCAGGUUUCAGCCAUCCACACAUGAAGCCACCGUCCAGUUCCAUGAGGGUCUGGGCUGCUUCACGCUGCAUCCCGCCGUCCCCCAGCGGCCGCGGGGGAGGGGGGGAGGGGAGGCCUCCCUCAGCGCGCUGCCCUACGAGGUGCUGUGCCACGUGGCCGCCUUCCUGGACAGCUUCUCGCUGUCCCAGCUGGCCCUGGCGUCGCGGCUCAUGAGGCAGGUGUGCUCCUCGCUGCUGCAGGAGCGGGGCAUGGUCACGCUGCGGUGGGAGCGGCAGGUCGACCCCCGCGGAGCAGCCGCGUGGAGGGUGAAGCAGACGGUGUGGCAGUUCAGCACUUUGUUCUCCACCGUGGACUCCUGGAGGUUCCGAGACGCGCCUCCCAUCUCUGAGCAUCUGAAGGUGUGUCCCUACUACGAGCGCGAGACGCGGGAGGAGAGGGUUCUCCUGCCGCGGGUGGAGGAAGACGUCCAGACCAGCAGGAGCUGCAGAGGUCCCACGCUGGUCGGCUUGUUCCAGCACAGGAGGAUCAAGAUGUAGAGGAACCUCCUGCAGAGGCUCACACAACACACUGUCUCAGUCUUUGUUGCUGAUAAUAAAAAUUCUGUAAAACUGG